ACAAAUUGUUCUUAAUGGCCGCGGUUCUUGGUUUGUGAUGGAAGUUUUAUGAUAAGAGAACGUUGGCUUAGGUAAAUUUGUAAGGGUUUUCGAAAGUUAGAGUGAUGAGGCACAAUGAAUAAUAUUGUUGCAAGAAAAUCCAUCGUGUUGACCAACAUUUUUCGAUAACUGUUCCGAUCUCGAGCCAACGAAAAUACAGAUGCCGCUUACUGUGACAAGACGAAUGUUUGAACUAAUUCAUUCGAUGUUAAUGAUUCAAUGAAAUAUUUAUGUUACGAAAAUGUUAAUUGAAUUGUAGAUCUUGAUUUCUAAAUUUCUAUUCCAGUGGAAACGACUCAAGGAAAUUAUACCAUUAAUCAUGACUUCCACGGCAAUAUCCACGAAUUACACUAACAAAACUAAAAAAUUAAAUGCCGAAGCGGAACAAAUACCUGAGCCCGAUUCCACUACAACGUUAGAAAAAGAUGUGAACGAGUUUUGUGCUGGUCAAGAAGUCUUAGUGAAACGUAUAGAUGAAAAAGAGAAAAUUGAGAAAUUUUUCUUAGGAACUGUUGUGGAAGUGAAUGUUUUACAAGAAAAGUGUUUGGUGAAAUAUGGGGAUAACACAAACCAUUGGGCCGGAUUCAAAGAUCUGACUAAACUCAGUACACCAGAGCAAGAAGAUUUGCUAUGUGUUGUUUGUAAGAAGUCUGCUCCUAAAAGCAAGAGGGAAAUAAUAAGUUGUGAUAAAUGUGGAAGGGGAUAUCACAAGAAAUGUCAUCAACCAGAAAUACCUUUUGUUUGCCAGAAAAGUGAUUCAAAUUGGAUGUGCUGUAGGUGUUUACAUAAUGAACCUAAAAAGUUGAGAAUGAGUGAUAUACAAUCACGUAGAAAUUCAUUACGAAGUAUAUCAUCUGUGGAGAGCGAUAGUCAAGUUAAUUCAGGCAUAAAGAGAGUAAAGACACUUCCAUAUGAUCUAAGCUCACUUAGUUGGGACACAAACCAUAGGGUUAAUACAGAACAAAUUUAUUGUUAUUGUGGUGGUAAUGGUGAAUGGUAUAAACAAAUGCUGCAGUGUGGAAGAUGUAGACAGUGGUUCCACGAAGAAUGUAUUGAAAGUCUAAAAUAUCCUGUUUAUUGUGGGGAUAGGUUUUAUGUCUUCGUAUGUUCUGUCUGCAAUCACGGCAAAGAGUUUGUUAGAAGAUUAGAGAUGAAAUGGGAUGAUCUAGUUCAUUUGAUGCUGUAUAACCUGACAGUGUAUCACAGUAAAAAAUAUUAUGAUUUAGAUAGUGUUAUAUUACCAUACAUCAACGAUAAUUGGCAUGCACUUCAAUUACCUGCAACAGUUUUCGCCAUCGCCAAAAAUGAACGUAGAGGCCACAUUCUGUCCGUCCUGAGGAAUAAUCGAACAAGAUUUAAGUGUGGUCGGGAGAUCAAGAAGAAGACUACUAUCUGGGGUCUAAGGGUGCGUCUGCCCCCUCCGGCCCCUUACAUGACCCUUCCACAGACUGGACGGAUACUCGAGAACGACCUUAGGAUACUGUGGCAGGGCAACUCCAGGUUGCGGUUUUUGCCUCUCAUCAUUGGAGACAGCAGACUCAACACUCGAUGCAAAAGGGUGUUGUCGAACGAUACCAUCAUGUCAAAUUUGAUGAUGGGUAUGACUUACAAGAGCAAUGGUGCAUUAUCUGAAAGCGAGUCUCCAUGUCCUAGUCCAGAAGUAGAUGAUGAGAAACGACCUGACAAUACGUUGAAAUUAGAUAAUUAUAUUGGUAAAGGCUGUGUUAAAAAAAGUGUUCCUUUCCCGAAAAUGAGCAUGCAGAUUAGGAAGCGCCUCCUACAAAUAACCACCCCGAAAGACAAGAUAUUGAGAAAGGCCAAGAGAAGACAGACAAUUAGCGAUCUGGGUAAAAACAAGGAGGAGAGAGAAAAAGGGCGUGGUGCAUAUUUGACAAGGCUCAGCCUUGACAGCAAGAGCAAUAGUAAUAAGAGUAACGAAUCACUGCCACUAACACCACCUACCUCAGUCUCGUCUCCGCCAACACCGCCUGCCUCUGGGUCAACUUCUACAGUUUCGGACCUUAGUAACGAUUGCCUGGAAAGUGCAAGUGUGAAGGAUGUUAAAGUGGGCAAACCAUGCCCAGACACGAACAGUCUUACCGAACUGAAUACCCAAUGUGAUACAUCUGGAGACGAGACAUCAUCAAAGAGCACACUAGAUUUAAUCAUACCCCCACCCAAAGACUUUGAAGGUAAGAACAAUCCUUUCCUUGCUUUCCUCCGAGGCCAGAACGACGGGAAGAAGAAGAAACGAAGGAGCAAGGACUCGAUUACAUUACCCCUACCAUUAACGGCUGUGAUACCUGGAAAGCCCAACAUGAGACCUACAAAGAGGCAGUUGAGCGAGAAAGACAUUAUUAUAGGACCAAAUGGAGAGGUUAAGAGAAAACGGUUGAGGAGGAACAACAAGUCUGCUCCCAAUUAUGUGGCUGGCCAGACUGCAAGCAAGACAGCAGCUGUAGUUCCGAUUAAACCCGAUAAUAAGGAUUGGAGCGCUGCCUGUUCAAGUAGCGCACCAGGUAGUGAAAACUUCUUCGGAGGUCGUAGGCUCAGGCAGAGGCCAGAGAAGCCUGCGGACAAGGAGAAGACGCCUAAUCCUCCUACUCCUAAGCCAAGUCCUGUGAAAGCGGAGCCAGAUAUAAGUAUGGACGAACUGAAAAGUUCGGUGAAUAUUUAUUUCGGUGCUGCCAAUAGAAUAGCAGCUGGCGAAAGGUUCACCUUGAAGGCAAAAAGAUAUGGUCCUACUGGUAAGUUGGAAUAUCUCAUAGAGUGGGACGGCCCUAGCUCAAACGGUUUGACCUGAUUAUUUCUGUUAUAUUUCUCGAAAAUUAUAUGUUAAAGUUGCUUGUUGUACAGUAAAACUAUGAAUACAAUGUUUUGAUUGAAAUCCGUCGAAAGGACUAUUGAUUUUUUGUUUGAAUAUAUUUAUGCAAGUUCAUUCGUUCGAUUUUCUGCCACUCGUCAAAUUUGGUUAAUUAAAAUUUGAUAGUUAUUCAAUUAUUUACUGAUAUGUCCUCAAACUUAAAAUCUCUAGAUCCUGCGCAACUUUGAACGUGAAUACUUUAUUGAAAUUGUAAAAUGGGCAUUGAAAAGCAACCAAAUGUUCUUUCUAUACUUAGGCCAAAAAAAAACUUAUAAAAACUUGAUGGUUCAGAUAUCUGUCUCACCAUCGAAAUUUCAAUGAAAUGUCGGUUAAUUUUGAAGUUGCAUUUCAGCCCUGAAGUGUUUCAUGUUUUUAAUUCCAGCAAAAAUGAAUCGAAUCUUUUUCGGCUGAUAAUUAGUCAUAUUUUUUUGUAUCAUUUAAUUAUUUGAAAUAAUAUUUCUUUAUUGAACUAAUAAUAUUUGAAAAUAUUUAAAAACAUAAAAAUGAUGUUACCAUAAAAAUUGAUUGGAAUUAUUGAUUAUGAAUUUUCAUGUUUUUAUUUUCGGAGCAUUAUUUAAUGAUACUCGACAAUAUUUGAAUUUUUUUAAUUAUCAAAUGAAUUGAUAGAACAUUUUUGGGGAUAAGGUGCAAUUUCAGAAUUUUCCUAGGUACGUUCUCACUUAUUGAAAAAGAAAUUGAAAUUAGUAAAACUGGCUUUUGUUGAUUCAAAAGUGGUAUGAAAUUUGUGAGAAUGAUGCAAAAUUCCAAAGUGUGUUCCUAAUUUUGAUAAAUAAAUUAUGAAAGUUGAACAUUUUAGAGUAUUCUAGUCUAGAAUUUGAUGGAAAAAAGUUAUUAGUUAUGGAAUGAAUCGAAUAUCAUCACAUUAAUAUGGUACACAAUGUAAUCGUCUUCAUUAAUUUUUUUUGCUAUGUAUUUAGCAAAGGGUAUAGUUUUUUUCAUUGUAUGAGAAUUCUGAAGGACGAAGCUUAAUGAUAACUGCCAAUUUUUAACAUAUCACUGCCAUUGUAUGUAUUCUAGAAGCACAUUUAAAUGUCGAAAAAAAAAUCUGUUUCUUAACUUUAUUUGCUAGUUGAAUUUGAACAAAUGGCAUUUUCUAUAUAUUUCAACUGUACCUUGUUUUUCAUAUUGCCAAUAUUACAUUUAUGGGAAGAAUAUUUGAUAUUUUACCUAUUUAUAAACUUCACAUGUUUAUCGUAAUCAAUAUAAUGAAACUUCUUCAGAAUACUGACUACUUUUCAAGAAAAAUAGAAUAUUAAAUCAAUUGUAUCAUCAGCCACCGAAUGAAAAUAUUAUUUUUAAAUCCAACAUGUUGAAAGUUGCUGAUAGGUCUGAAAACUUCUUUGGAAUAAAAUUGAGCAUUGUAUUGCUAUUUGCAAAUUUAAUUCUGUAUACGUUAGUGGCUGUUCUAUUUAUUUUAAGUAGGAAUCCAAAAUAGAGGAAUUUGAUUUUGUGUGUUAAUUUAAUGCAAAACUCGACUGAAAUAAUUCAUAAUGCUUUAUUGUUUAACUGUAAUUUAAUUUAUUCCAAGGAAUGAUAAACCAAAUAUAAGCAAAUUAUUUUUAUACAAUUGAAAAUAAGAUUCGAUUCCAGUAUGAAAUUAGUGCAUAAUUUGUAAAUAAAAUACAGUAUUUGUAGUUCUAAUACUUCAGUCAAACAUUUGAUUUCCAAAUUUGAUGAGUAUAAUGCGUUUUAACGAUUUUAUAUUUAUUUCAAUGAUAACAAAUCUAUUUAUAUAUUUGUUUUUAAAAAUAAAGAAAUUUAGAUUGAAUAUUAAAUUAAUCAUUGUCACCUUUGUGAAGUGACAAUGAAAAUUUUAGUUAUUGGAGUUUAAUGAAAAAUUUUUGAUAAAUGCAAUCUUAGCACGUUCAAAUUAACUGGAUCAAUUUUUUUAGCUCAAUGAGACUGAAUAUUGGGUGUAGAUACUUACGUUCAAUAGUUACAUUCAUUAUUAUUUAAACAUUGUAAAAAUUAACUCCCAUGUAGAUUUUGUAUAUAAACAAUAUUCCCUAUUACUUACUUUGAGAACAAACAUUGAAAAGAUUGUCAAAAAUCUGUAUUUUCGAAAUACAUGCAAUUUUCGGUGUAUUUUUAUUGUUAAUUUGAAUAAAGAAUCUGUCUUAA